AUGAUUGUACUGGGAUAUGCCAUCGCCAAGUACCUAAAAACCCAGCACAUGAGCGUGACAGAUGAUCGCAGUGGGUUUAAGAUGAGAGUGCGCCACGUUACAAAAGUCGGCAACAUUGCCACCGUCAUUGUCUCUACUAUUGCUAUUAUCCUCUGGCUGACGGCUGGUAUUUUGUACAAGGUGGAUGACCUCAAUGAGCUAGAGCACUACGACAUGCCGUCUUACGUCUGCACACGCACCAGCGACGAUACUCUUACACACACAGUAGGCAGCUUUUCUGCUAUGUGUAUACAGAUGCGUUAUGCUUGGUGGGCAGUGGUUGUCGUUGGGGUCCUGGAGCUGACGGCACCCGGAAUCGUCAUCUGGGCUAUUUGCACUCCUAGAAAAAGGGGUGUGUACGCUGAGAUUUAG